CUCUCUCUCUCUCUCUUUCUCAGUGCUGCUUGCUCACUUGCAGGGCAGCAGUGGAUGGACGAUCAGCUGCACAGAAAGCAGCCAGGCCUCUUUUUUCCCGGCUACACCCUGUUUACUUAGUGUGUGUGUUUUUUUUAAAGCAGUAGUUUCUCUUGAAUGACUGUAUUUGACUUACUGUGAAAAGAAGCCAGAGUUUCUGAUCUGUGCAGCUACACUGUACUGAAACAAGAUGAGCACUAACGCCUUUGUUGCCAAUGUGAAGUCCAGGAUGCAAAUGGCAAAGGAAAUCAGUGAUGAGGAGAAGUUGUACAGAUACAACGGGGUGUUGUACCCGCGCCUCAUGUGCCCUGAGGAUCAUUUAAAGGCUCUGGAGAACCUCAAGGCCAGAGAGGAUGACAUCAUGCUGGUGGCUUAUCCCAAAUGCGGUUUUAACUGGAUGGUGGGGGUGGUGAGGAAGAUCAUUGCAGAGGCCACAGGGAUGAAAACAGAGUCCAGGAUGCCCCCGCUGAUCGAGUUCUUUGGACCAGAAGUCUUAAAGGUCAUGGAUGAGACGCCCUCUCCGAGGUUUCUGGGGACUCACCUGCACCCCGACAACAUCCCCGCUUCCUUCUAUGCAAAGAAAACUAAAAUGCUGGUGAUCUUCAGGAACCCUAAAGACACUCUGGUGUCCUUCUAUCAUUUCUCCAACAACAACCCGGUCCUCCCAUCCGGACAGUCCUGGGAAUCCUUCUACUCCCACUUCAUGAGUGGAGACGUUCCCUGGGGGUCAUACUUUGAUCACGCUUUGGCCUGGGAGAAGAGGAUGGACGACCCCAACGUCAUGGUUGUCACCUACGAAGAGCUAAAACAGGACCUGAGCGAGGGCGUCCGUCAGAUCACCACCUUCUUUGGCUUCGGCCUGACGGAGGCUCAGGUCCAGCAGAUCGCAGAGGGCAGCACCUUCACAGCCAUGAAGGAGAGCUCCGCCAACUCCCACGGCGCUAUGGGAAACGUCAUCUUCAGAAAAGGCGAGGUCGGGGACUGGAAGAACCACUUUACACCAGAGCAGAGCCAAGAGAUGGACGACGUCUUCAACAAACACCUGGCAGGAACGAGGCUGGCAGCCAAACUCAACUACCAAAUGCACUGUCAGUAGGAAGCAAGGAAGCAAGGGAGGAAGAAAAGGGAGGGAAAGAGGAAGGGAAAGGGUGAAGAAGAAGAGCUUGGGGGAUUUUCCUGCCCUGAGCUGAGUCAGACAGACCUCCCCUGCCAGCAUUGCACAGAUAUAUCUUCGCCUGGUUUGGACUUCAACCCCAACCAUGACAUCAACCCUUAACCAUCUUUAAACCUGAAGCAUGUAGAGAAGGCUGUUAGAGGCAGUAAUCUGAAAGGAGACACUGCCUGGGAGGCUCAGUUCAGGGCCAAAGGUUCCUAAUGACAGGCUCAACGGGGGUCAAGAAGGGAAGAAGUGCAUUAUGGGUUAUUGUUUUAUUAACUCCAACCUGUGAACUUUUGUUGUUGCACAAGUUCUACAACAGAAAUCAUUAAAGGAAUAGUUUAACAUUUUCGGAGAUCAAUAACACUCAUAUUUGUCUGUUAAAUAUAAGACUGCAGCUCAAAUAAACAGUCGAGCACACGACCCGCUGUAAAGAAUAGUCUUUCCGGACUUCCGUUUUUGUACAGAUUACACAGAUGAGAUAUAACAUGUUAGCAAGUGAGCUUAACGGGUGCUGGUAGGUGGAUUUUCUUACCUUUGGACAGAGCCAGGCUAGCUGUUUCCCCCUGUUUCCAGUCUUUGUGCUAAGCUAAGCUAACUGGCUGCUGGCUGUAGCUUCACAUCAAUCUUCUCGUCUAACUCUCAGCAAGAAAGCGAAUGAGCGUAUUUCCUUAAAUGCCAAACUAUUCCUUUAAACACCUUACGAGCAGCCAUAUUUGGGUUCACCUGAAGUCUGGCUGUGUGCACCAGGGAGACAAAUAUCAGUGAAUAAAAGCCGGGUUCAAAACAUGACAAACACACUGCUCAUCAGCACAGGAAGCAAAGGAAGAAAUUCAUCUGCUGUGGGGACGAAUGACCUGCAGGUAUACAAACAUAGAUGAAUUCUUGUCUCAGAAGUUUCAACUGAACGUUUAAAGUUAACAAUUUAUUUUAGUCAGCAGUAAGAGAACAGAGGUUUCUCGAGUUUGGAGUUUGUGAGUGCAGCUUGCCACCAUCUUUGUCAGUUUCUAGAGAAAGAGAUUUGGUUUAAAGAUGGGCACACCUUGAGAGCAAGCAAGACACAACCAUCACAGUGAAGUGUGAUAAGCUGAAACAUGCACCUCCUAAAGCCUGAACGUUUCCUAUAUGUAGGAUUUAAACUCUGGAGCCCCUUUAGAAUCAGUAAAGACACUGGCAGACAGCAAUACCAUCUGAAUAAUUUGAAAGAUGCUAUAAUUACAUACAAAUUAAACUAAUUACUUAUGAAAAUGUCACCAACACAAGUAGAAGUGACCCUAGUUAAUGAAAUUUUGAGAAGAGAAAAGCGAUUUGUGAUUUUGCAAACGAGUUGGAACUGCAGCCUCAUUGGUUUUAACAUUCAGCCAAGCUGGUCGAUGUUUGCUCUAAGCACACGCAGGUUCGUAUUUAGCCAAACCAAAGUUUAUCAAAUUCACUUGUUUGCCUUCUGGGUUUGAUUUUCUGCCAAAACAACAUAUAAUAUCUCUUUUUCACAGUCCCCGUUUGUUUUCUGAUGUUUAACACCUGACUACAACACAAAACAGUUGAAUUAUCUUUGUACCGGCAGCUACUCGCAGACUUCUGGUUGUGAAACUGUGGCUUUUGAAACAACACUUUGAUGAGAUUAUGGGCUAUUAGAAAUAUGCGCAGUCACUGUUCAUGUAUGUAUAUUACAUGCAGUGCAUCACUGUACAUGAUCAUGAUGAAAAAUAAACCAAUUUUCCAGAUCACUUA